AUGACAACCACCAGAAGCCAAAAGAAACAACUUGAUCAAGAAAGAAGAGCUAAAAUUAGCAACACUACACGACGCGUUAUAAAAGAGACCAAAGGCGAUAAAGACCAGGUCGAAAGUAUUUCUACAAGAAAUCAUAGUUCAAUAGAAGCUUCAAAUUCUAAUAAAAUGGAUGAAAGUAACACAUCCCAAGAUUGGCAACUUGCAAUUAAUGAACUGAGAGAUGAAAUCAAAUUCCAAAUGGAAGAAAUGAUGGAAAAAUUAACUAAGUUAAUAUUAUCCAACAAAGAAAAUAAUACUGGGAAUUCUAAAAGUGAAAUGAUCACCAACCCUAGUAAAAAUGGAGAUACAUCCAACCCUACAGACUCAAUCUCAAUGCAAGUAUUACAAGCCAUAAAUUACAAUAAUCUCAUUGAACCAUUUGAUGGGACUGAUAAAGAUGUAAACAUUAAAUCAUGGUUUACAAAUUUGGAAAAAUAUUUUAAAUUGAACAACAUUCCAUAUGAUAAAUAUGUAGACCAUUUAUCCUUAAAACUUAAAAAGGAACCAUUAGAAGUUCUGUUAUCUAGUGAUGCUGAAUAUACAAAGAUUAAAGAAGAAUUAAUUCUUUUGUAUGAUACAAAUAAGUCAAUAAUAUCAGCUGAAAGAGAACUUGAUGCCUUAACAAAACCUAUUGAUAAAAUUCAAGAAUUAGAGAAAAGAGCUAAUAAGAUAAAGGAACUCUCCAGAACCAUUUAUCAAGGCAGACCAACAGAAGAAAGGCUCAAAGCUCAAUCAAAAAAAUUAUGGUCAUUACUAAAGCCUGGAAUAAGAAAACUUAUCAAAUUACCAACAAAAUAUGAUGAUUUUGAUUGGGAACUAUUCAUACUUGAGAUCAAGCAAACAUUUGAAAUUGAAAUGGCUGAAACUAGAGAAAGAAAAAGUAAAUCGAGAAAGAAUGAGGAUAACCAGCAUAGAGAAAAGAAAUGUAAAAAUAUCGGAUGCAAGUAUCCAUAUAACCAUGAAACUGAGAAAUGCAGAAUGCCUAAGCCUAAGAGCAAAGGAAGUGAAGUAGAAGAAAAGAAUAAUCUAAUUGAUACUGAAGAUAAGGAUAUCGACUUACUUCACAUAAAAGGAGAAAUAUCAAACAUACCGGUAGUUAUUGCUAUAGAUUCUGGUUCCACAUUUACUUCAAUCAGUAAACAUUUGCAAGAUCUUUUAAGAAUGGGAAAUAAGAUUGGUUCUGAAACGAAAAUAAAACUAAUUGAUGGUAUUACAACAAUAAAAAGAGCAAAAGGCAAAAGGACUCUAAAAAUGGGAGAUAAAUUAAUAACUCUUAAAGAUCCGAUGAUAUUCAAUACAAGUAAACACAAUUUUGACAUACUCUUGGGAAGAGAUAUUUUGAAGAAAUAUGGUGCCAUUAUAGACCAUAGACUUGAAACCAUAAGAUGGACUGAAAAUACACCUGAGCAACAUUUAAACUUCCUAAUAACACCAAGCAAUUCUAAAGAACAAGAAUAUGACAGGAUAACUUUUUCAGAUUUGGAAGUUAGAAAUUAUGGGUUAAGUAAAGAAUUAGUUGACAAUCAUAUUGAAACUAAUUUUCAUAUGAGAAAGGAAAGUAUUCAUGAUUCAAUGAAACAACUUGAACUUGAUGAAUAUAUUUCAAAAGCUGACUCUGAACUCAGAAAAAAUUAUUCUUCAGUAUUCAUAUGCAAUGAUGCUCAGAUAAUUCCUACUUUAGUGGCAGAAAAACAGAAUUUUAACUUCACAAAAGAAGAGAAAUCUGUUAAAACCUAUGGACUAUCUUAUCAUAAUCAGAAAAUAGCACUACAAUUGGCCAAGAUAUGGGAACAAGCAGGAAUAAUCCAAGAAGGAGAACCUGACAAUGGAAUAACGCACCCAGUAAUAAUUAUAGACAAAAUGAGAGGUGAAGAAAUUAAAGAUAAUAUGGAUAUCACCAGCAGAUACAGACUUGUAUGUGACUUCAGAAAUAUUAAUAAGUUUACAGUUAAACAUUCUGAAAUUGCCAUGAACAUAACUAACAGCAUACUUAUAAAUAGACCAUUUGUAUUUUGUUCCAAGUUGGAUUUUAAAACAGCAUAUGGACAGAUAAAAUUACAUCCUUCUAAUACAAAAUCCUUUAAUAUUACUAUUGGUCAUAAAAAAUUUAAUUAUUUAACACUUCCACAAGGAGCAAAAAAUAGUUCCACCCUAUUUAAGAUAGUUAUGAUGAAUGUGUUCAAAGAUUUAUUUGAAGAACAAAAAGUUCAAUGGUAUCAUGAUGACAUGUUAAUAAUGACUCAUGCAGAUCCUGAAAUUCCUCUAACAUUGGAAAUUGAAAAAGAGAAAGCUUUAGAACAUUUCAAGCUUCUUAAGAUUGUUCUACAAAGAAUGAAAAAUAAUAAUAUAAAAGUAUCACAACUAAAAUCACAAUUAUUUCAAAAAUCAGUUAAUUACUUGGGAUUUACCUUAACAAGAACAGGAUGGCAUCCUUCUAUCCAAUCUGUAAAUCGAAUCUUAAAUAGAGGAAGACCUGAUUCCAAAGAAAGUCUAAGAAGAUUCCUAUAUGCCAGUAAUUAUUUUUCUUGUUGUAUUCCAAAUUUUAGUACAACUGCAGCAUGUUUGUAUGAAUUAGUGAAUCAAAAAACAAAAACAGCAUUCCAAUUAUUGCCACAUCAUCAAAAGGCAUAUAAUCAUAUUGUCCAAUCAUUAUGCAACAUUAAUAAUAAACUUUAUUUUGGAAACCCAAAUAAAGAUUAUAUUAUCAGAGUUGAUGCUUCAAAUACAGGUAUUGGAGGCUCUAUUUCACAAAUCAUUCACAAUAUUGAAACAAACACAACACAAGAAUACCCUUUAGGAUUCAUAAGUUUUCGAUUACCUAAAAUAACUAGAAGGAGAUCUAGUACUUACCUUGAGCUUAAAGGAAUAGCAGCAAUACUUGAAUACUAUAAGUUUCUUCUUGAAAAUGUUCCUGGAAAGAUAAGAAUAUACACUGAUCACCGUCCACUCCAAAAAUUGAGAGAUACAGCAACAUUAUCCAAACAUGUAGAACUUCUAUCACAUAUAGAUAAAUUCAAUUGUGAAUUUAUAUAUGAACCUGGAAAAAAUCAUGUUUUACCAGACUGGUUGAGUAGAAUGGAUAAUAAUGAAUCAUUGGAGGAUGAUGAAACAAAAGGAUAUGAUGACUCAGAACAAAACUUUGAAACACUUACUUGUUUAUUUCAAAAAAGAAAAAGAGGUCGUCCAAGAAAGCAAAUUAACGAGAAUGAAACACAUCAAGACACAGUUGAAACCACAGACAAUUUUUUAACUAAAAUAUUCACACAAAAUGUCCCAUUCUCAAGAGAGGAACUGAUAGAGGAACAGAGUAAAGAUUACAAUUGCAAACAGGCAAAGGAGAGGGGCUACUUCAUGAAUUAUGAAGUCAGAACCAAUGAAAAUAACAUAUUACAAGUGCGUUAUCCGAAAUCUGAAGAAGAAAGGGAUAAUGUAGAGAAAACUUGGAGAACCUUGAUCCCCCUAAACAUGGCCGAAAAAGUAAUUAAGAUGUACCAUGAAUUUGGUCAUUUUGCAUUCUUAAAAACAUUAGCUUCAAUAAAUUCAAGUUGUUACAUACCACAACCAGGAAAAAUUAUAAAGAAAAUUUUGAAGUGCUGCGAAACGUGUAAUUUAAGAAACCCGGGACAACACUCCCAGCCCAGUCACAAAACCAUAGAACUGUCACAUCUCCCAUUCGAAAACCUCUCCAUUGACAUAAUAAUACCUAAAACUGUGGACAAAAACUGCAGCCAUAGGUAUAUUUUAGUAGCUGUAGACGAGUGCACUAAAUUCGUCUGGAUAAUCCCUCUCCAUUCUAAAUCCAGUAAUGAAAUAAACGAAAAACUUAUCAAAUAUAUUUAUACAAAAGGAGGGAUUCCUAAGAAACUAAGAACUGACGGAGACGGCCAGUUCAGAAGCCAAGAUUUUAUUGAGAUGGGGAAGCAACUUGGAAUAAAGGAAAUCGAACUAUCAACAGCCUAUGAUUCUAAUUCCAAUUCUCUCAUAGAGAACAGGAUAAAAACUACAAACAAAAUACUUUAUACACUCAUGGAAAAAUACCCAAACAUCAGCUAUUGUAAAUUAUUAGAUUUAGUUGCUUAUUAUCAAAACAACUCGGCAAUCAUUGGUAUGAAUAUGACACCUACUGAAAUGCUUUUUGGAGUAAAACCAAGAACUAUCUUAUCAGAUGUAAUUGAUAGUGAAAGUACAUCAAAAUUCAUUGACAGAAAUAAUGACAUAAAUGAAAUAUUGAAUUCAUUUGCUUUAAUUAGAAGAAUUGCUAACGAUGAACAAGAAAAGUUAAGAAUGAUGAUCAAUGAAAGAAAACCAGAAAAGAAGACAAAUUUCGAAGUAGGAGAAAAAUUUUACCUUAAACAGCCGAGGAAACAUAAAUUUGAUAAGAACUAUUCAGUGCAUGAAGUAUGGAAAGACUUAAGAACAAAAGUCUUGUAUAAAAACAAAGAGGAUGGUAAAGUAUAUGCAGCAAGUAAAGCAAAAAUCAAGAAAGUAUGA